UCCCAAAUAAAACCAAUUUGUCGCGACUACCGUCGAAUAGUCAUCGAACAACCACCAAAGAGUGGAAAAUGCGUUGGCUUAGGGAACAGAAUUUAUUUGGCUUAGCCGUUAACUGGAGGAGACUUUUGGGGCCGGCACUGAAGGGGUUGCUCUAUUUGGCAACAUUUGUUCAUACCAUGCCAUUUUUUGUAAGGGUCUCUAGUUCGCUGCUGGAGAACUUUUUCUCCUCAUCGGUUUCCUUUAAUUUGGACACGAUUUACGUUAAUUGGAACACUUCAUUUCCGGCCAUAACUGUUUGUGAGCUAUACAAUGGUGAGAAACUCUGGGACCUUAGCGAGAUACAGUUCGGUGUAGAGCACGACAUGCACAUCGACGACUUUGUUAGCGAGAUUGUCUUCUUUCACGGCAUAUGCAGCAGUUGCGAGAAGUGCGAGACUUUAUCCUGUCCAGACAACUUUACCCUGUUGCUGGAAGUGUUUCGCAGCAAGUGCCACGAACUGAUUAUUGAGUGCAGCUACCGGAAUCAACUCUUCGAUUGCUGCGAACAAUUUCUACCCAUACACACGGAAUAUGGUGUCUGUUACUCCUUUAAUUCGCAUCAGGCAAGAAAAGUUCCGCAUGUGCAGUACACAAAUAAUCGCAUGACUGGCGCAGCUCAUUUGAAUUUCAUCGCAGCCGCUGACAUUCAAUUGCAUGUACAUGCCCCAAUCGAUGUGCCAUUCCAUUAUUCGGAGGGCAUGAUACGAGAAACUGUGUUGCGAGGCAACUUCAAGGAGUUGGUUCUGAAUGUUAUUGAAGUUUAUAAUCACGAGAGCGUUCUGGAUCUGACCAUGGACCAAAGGCGUUGUCGUUAUGCCCAUGAACGCACUAACAUUAGUCAGCAAGUGGGAAUCUAUGAGUUCUACAGCUAUUCAGGCUGUGUGGUCGAAUGCACUGUGGCUCUGCAGCUACGACAUUGUAAUUGCACGAGCCACUUUAUGGCGGUGCCGAGCAAGAACUCGCUGCCUGUUUGUGACCAUCGCGGUCUAAAGUGUCUGAGCUACAUCAAUGAGCAGCUACAUAUAGAACGCAAAUCCUGCGACUGCAUGAGCUCGUGUGAUGAACCCGAAUAUAAUAUUAUAUAUAACUCGGCUGACAAUGAUAAGGAGACGGAGGAGGAAGUCUCACACAUACGCGUGGCCCUGGUGGAGCUGCCAACGCAGCGUUACGUGCGUCGCGUAGCCAAAACCAAUUUGGAUCUAUUGAUCUCUGUGGGUGGUCUGGUUAGCUUGUUUUUCAACACGUCAGCCCUGCGUAUAGUCGAGGCACUGUUUCUUUUCGUGGAGUACAGAAAGGUACUAUGCAAGUGGCCACUAAUUAUAUUUCUUGGAACGCGAAGAUAUUUACACAGUGUUUUUCGAAUGAGUUAA